AAUGAUCCGAGUCGGUUUGUGGGGGCGAGAGAAGGUAGAGAAAUCGAGAAAGAAAAGAAGGAAAAGCCAUUUCAGCCAUAGAAAGAGAAAAAGCUAUUGCUUCUUCUACUUCCUCCUCUCUCUUCUCUCUCCUUUCAAAACCCUUGAUUUAUUUUCUCCUUCCUCAAUUCAUUUUUGCCCCCUCUGGUUCCAUAGUUUCAUUUCAUACAUGAGGAGUUGGUUUUGAUCAACCGUGUUGGUGCUGAUUGUGGGUUUUCUUUUUUCUUCUUCUCGCAAUCCACCCCUCCUUUUGUUUUUCAUUUUUAAUUUUAUCUCCUUUAACAACCCAUAUGAGGAGAGGAAAAGGAGCCGCUGCAGCCGCCGUAGCUAAGCAAGUGGUGGAGCCAAACGGAUCAGCACCUCAAAAUAUCACAAAUGGAAAAGAGCCCAGAUACAGAGGAGUCCGAAAAAGACCAUGGGGCAGAUUUGCCGCUGAGAUCAGAGAUCCCUGGAAAAAAACGAGGGUUUGGCUUGGCACCUUCGACUCUGCGGAGGACGCUGCCCGUGCCUACGACGCCGCAGCCCGCUCUCUCCGUGGUCCAAAGGCGAAAACCAAUUUUGUUUCGGACUCCCAUUUAUCUCCUUUCACCUACCAAAAUCCACAGGAUGCUUUCAUGGAUCACAGAUUAUAUACAGCUAAUGGGUUUCCCGAGCAUCCCGUAAAUCCACAGAGACCCACGUCUAGUAGUCAGAGCAGUACGGUGGAGUCAUUCAGCGGUCCCAGGCCGCCGCCUCAGCAAACAACUACGGCAACAAAAAAGUCUGGGCUUCUGUUGUCAGCGACAGCGCCCAGGAAAAACCAUCAUCGGACACCACCGAUGGUACCUGAGGAUUGUCACAGCGAUUGUGAUUCAUCUUCAUCGGUUGUUGACGAUAGAGAAAUUGCAUCAUCCUCGUCCUUGUACGGCAGAAAGCCCUUACCUUUCGAUCUGAAUUUUCCACCGCUGGAUCAGGUUGACUUUGUUAUGGAUGAUCUCCAGUGUACUGCUCUUUGCCUUUGAUGAUGAUAAUGAUGAUAAAAGAAAAAGAAAAAUCAUUUUUUAACAUUAUUGUGCGGAUUGAAGAGAAAAAAAAAAGAAAAAAAAAUUUCACAUUAGGUUAAGAUAAACUCAUCUUAAUCUGUAUGAGGAUGCACGAAUGAUGUUUUGUUGAUGAUUAUGUUUGUCAGAUUAUGAUGGACUUUUAAAUCACUGGUUACAGAUCCAUCUAUGUAAAUAAAACGCCUGAUUUAGCUA